AUGCUCAUCACUGGCUGGCUGCAGCUCAGUGGUGACCAGGCCCCAGUGGUGACCCCUGCCUGCAGGGGGCUGUGGUACCUGUACCACGUGUUGACCAAAAACACCACUGUCACAGAGCAGAACCGGAACCUGCUGGUGGAGACCAUCCGAUCCAUCACCGAGAUCCUGAUCUGGGGAGACCAGAAUGACAGCUCAGUAUUCGACUUCUUCCUGGAGAAGAACAUGUUCGUUUUCUUCCUCAACAUCCUGAGGCAGAAGUCAGGCCGCUAUGUGUGUGUGCAGCUGCUGCAGACCUUGAACAUCCUGUUCGAGAACAUCAGUCACGAGACCUCACUGUAUUAUUUGCUGUCUAAUAACUAUGUAAAUUCAAUAAUUGUCCAUAAAUUUGACUUUUCCGACGAGGAGAUUAUGGCAUAUUAUAUAUCAUUCCUGAAAACACUGUCACUGAAGCUCAACAACCACACUGUCCACUUCUUUUACAACGAGCACACCAAUGACUUCGCCCUGUACACAGAGGCCAUCAAAUUUUUCAAUCACCCAGAAAGCAUGGUUCGAAUUGCUGUAAGAACCAUAACUUUGAAUGUCUAUAAAGUGGAUAACCAGGCCAUGCUGCACUACAUCAGAGAUAAGACUGCCGUUCCUUACUUCUCCAACCUGGUCUGGUUCAUCGGGAGCCACGUGAUUGAACUUGACAACUGUGUGCAGACCGAUGAGGAGCACCGCAAUCGGGGGAAGCUGAGCGACCUGGUGGCUGAGCACCUGGACCACCUGCACUAUCUCAACGACAUCCUGAUCAUCAACUGCGAGUUCCUCAACGACGUGCUCACCGACCACCUCCUCAACCGGCUCUUCCUGCCGCUCUACGUGUACUCCCUGGAGAACCCCGACAAGGGAGGAGAACGCCCCAAAAUCAGCCUGCCGGUGUCCCUCUAUCUUCUGUCACAGGUCUUCCUCAUUAUACACCAUGCCCCGCUGGUGAACUCGCUCGCUGAAGUCAUUCUGAACGGCGAUCUGUCUGAGACAUAUGCUAAGCCUGCACAGGACAUUCAGAGGAGUUCUACCAAGCCCAGCAUCCGGUGCUUCAUUAAACCCACCGAGACGCUUGAGCGGUCCCUUGAGAUGAACAAGCACAAGGGCAAGAGGCGGGUGCAAAAAAGACCCAACUACAAAAAUGUUGGGGAGGAAGAAGAUGAGGAGAAAGGGCCCCCCGAGGAUGGCCAGGAAGACUCCGAGAAGGCUAAAGGUACAGAGGGUGGUUCCAAAGGCAUGAAGACGAGUGGGGAGCGUGAAGAGAUCGAGAUGGUGAUCAUGGAGCGGAGCAAGCUCUCAGAGCUGGCUGCCAGCACCUCGAUGCAGGAGCAGAACACCACGGAUGAGGAGAAGAGCGCAGCCGCCACCUGCUCUGAGAACGUGCAGUGGAGCAGACCCUUCCUGGAUAUGGUGUACCAUGCCCUGGACAGCCCUGAUGAUGACUACCAUGCCCUCUUCGUGCUCUGCCUCCUCUACGCCAUGUCUCAUAACAAAGGCAUGGAUCCUGAAAAACUUGAGCGAAUCCAGCUGCCAGUACCAAACGCUGCGGAGAAGACCACCUACAACCAUCUCCUGGCCGAGAGGCUCAUCAGGAUCAUGAAUAAUGCUGCCCAGCAAGAUGGGAAGAUCCGGCUGGCCACACUGGAGCUGAGUUGCCUGCUCCUGAAGCAGCAGGUGCUGACCAGCUGUGGCUGCAUCAUCAAGGAUGUGCACCUGGCCUGCCUCGAGGGUGCAAGAGAAGAGAGUGUCCACCUUGUACGGCAUUUCUACAAGGGAGAAGAGAUUUUUUUGGACAUGUUUGAAGACGAAUACAGGAGCAUGACAAUGAAGCCCAUGAAUGUGGAAUAUCUCAUGAUGGACGCCUCCAUCCUGCUGCCUCCAACGGGCACCCCACUGACAGGCAUUGAUUUUGUGAAGCGGCUGCCAUGUGGCGACGUGGAAAAGACUCGGCGGGCCAUCCGGGUAUUCUUCAUGCUGCGCUCACUGUCACUGCAGCUGCGAGGGGAGCCCGAGACACAGCUGCCCCUGACUCGGGAAGAGGACCUGAUCAAGACCGAUGAUGUGCUGGACCUGAAUAACAGCGACUUGAUUGCUUGCACAGUGAUCACUAAGGACGGCGGCAUGGUCCAACGGUUCCUAGCCGUGGAUAUUUACCAGAUGAGUUUGGUAGAGCCUGAUGUGUCCCGGCUUGGCUGGGGAGUGGUCAAGUUUGCAGGCCUUCUGCAGGACAUGGAGGUGACUGGGGUGGAGGACGACAGCCGUGCCCUGAACAUCACCAUCCACAAGCCUGCGUCCAGCCCCCACUCCAAGCCCUUCCCUAUCCUCCAGGCCACGUUCAUCUUCUCAGACCACAUCCGCUGCAUCAUCGCCAGGCAGCGGCUGGCCAAGGGCCGCAUCCAGGCACGGCGCAUGAAGAUGCAGAGGAUAGCUGCCCUGCUGGACCUCCCCAUCCAGCCAACUACCGAAGUCCUGGGAUUUGGGCUUGGCUCCUCCUCAUCCACCCAGCACCUGCCUUUCCGCUUCUACAACCAGGGCCGGCGUGGCAGCAGUGACCCCACAGUGCAGCGCUCCGUGUUCGCCUCUGUGGACAAGGUGCCAGGCUUCGCCGUGGCCCAGUGCAUAAACCAGCGCAGCGCACCAUCCCUGUCAUCGCCAUCCCCGCCGACGGCCAGCGGGAGCCCCAGCGGCAGCCACUGCGACUCGGGGGGCUCGUCCUCCGCACCCUCGGCAGCCCAGAGCCCAGCAGACGCCCCCAUGACUCCGGAGCAGACUCAGACUCCCCUGUCCGACAAGUUGGUGAUGGGCAACGACACGGAAAUAGACCCCAGGCCCAGCAAGACCUUGUCUCGGGGUGCUGAGGUGGAGACCGCACACCUGUCCCCCAGCCUGCUUCCCGCCCCGCACCCCACCAUCUCCCUGCUCUACGAGGACACUGCCGACACCCUGAGCGUGGAGUCCCUGACGCUGGUCCCUCCGGUGGACCCCCACAGCCUCCGUGCUCUGACUGGCGUCGCCCAGCCCUCCACGCCAGCCCCGGCAUGCCCGGCCACGGGGGACCAGGAGGCCACGGGGGCAGAGGUGGAAGGUCCCCCCGCCAUGCACUGAGCGGCCCGCCCCCUGCCUUGUGUGUGGCCAGCUGGCAGGAACCCCAGUAGAUGGCAAGACACAUGAGGACCGCCCACGUCUCCCUGGAACCCUCUUUUGCUCUGUACCUCAUUGAAGCAGGCUGGGCCCAUGCGGACGGCCCAGUGCGUGCUGCUGACAGUGGGGGGGCUGCCUUGUCCCUGAGCCCGACACCCCAGGUGGCAGGACCCACCAGGGCUCUCCGCCCCGCUCCCCCCCCCCCAGCGGGCACGGAAGACCCAGACAGCAUCACCUUACAUUCGAAAUGAGGAGAAAGCGAACUCAGACAUCUCCUUGGGCUGUUCAUUUCUGCUUCCAGCAGUAGGUGAAAACAAUUUAUUUAAGAAGCAUCUGUUUGAAGCAAAGAAGUCCAAACACAAAAACAAAAUAGAAAGAAAGGACACCCUCAGCCUCAGGACGGCGCAGGCCCCGCCAGGCCGCUCUCCUUCCCGCCUUCAGGGUCUGACACUGAGAGUUUUGGGUCUCUCCCUUUUCAUCAAGGCUUCUUAUUUCUCUGCACUAACUCUCAGGAGCCUGUGAGAUGGUAAAGCUUAGCUUAUUGUCAAACAGAAGCAAGAUAGAGCCACGUGCUUUCCGGUGGCAUGGAGCGAGGGUUCUGGAAGCUUCUCUGCAGUUGGGUGAAUUCCCUGAGGGCCAUCUCCCCAGGAGAAGGGAGGUCUUAGCGGCUCCUGCUCAAAACAACAGCUUCCCCCACACACACACAUCCCCAGUGCCGUCUCCCUCUGGGCUGUGAAGACCGCCCAAGCCCAUACCUGUGACUGCAGCUAAAAUCGGGGGAGCUACCCGCGGCCAUGAUUGCUGCCCACUGCGUGUGGAUGCCCGGUGAGGACCCCCGCAGCAAGACCGGCCUCCCCAAACCAUCUACAACUGUCCCUCCAUCUCGACUGCCACCGCCACAGGACAAGCUUGUGGCAAAC